ACGUCAUGAUAAGUUCUUAUUCACAGUUCGUUUGUUGUUAACCGGUUUAAACUUAAAAGGUUUUGUAACCGUUUGUUUUGGUUAUCGUUUGCUCUUUACUGACUUUCUGAGUACUAAAAUAUCUAUAUGCAACAAUUGGUUGCGGUUUGAUAUCUUUCGUAUUCCUUUUAUGCAUGCAAGUAAGUACGAGUAUCUGCAUAAGCAGAUGAGCCUUUCGAGGCAGUUGUUGAAGUAUGAUUCAGAAAGCCUGAAAGUUGAUCAUCAUGAUUUGUCCAUCUGUGAAUGUACUCUGAAAUUCGAAGGAUAUUCUCACCAUUACCAGUGACCACACAUGCAGCAGAAAGUAGCAGAGAACGAUAUCGGAGCAUCUUGAUUUACCACUUUUGUUCCUAGACGAUACCAUACUGUUCGACAUUUUGGUUUCGAUGCUCGGGUGAAAUUUGUACCAUUUUUGACUGACAGGUGAACGUCUGCCGUUGCAUUACAGCACAGCAGAGCCAUCUGGGUCGCGAUGCUUUUGCAUUUGUAUUGCAUGUCUUUUUAAUCGGUAAUCAUAUUAUUUUUAACGGAAAUUAUUUGUUUCUCAGUCGAUCGCAAAUUUCUGACCACUCGUGCAAUGUGGGAUCUAUUCAGUUUUGAGCGCAACCGUUCAUCGUGAUAAAGCGUCGCUAAAAGCUCUUGCAGCAAAGAUUGCGCAAUACCUUCCACCCACAACGGCAACACUCGCUUCUAGCCUUAUGCCAGCUUAAAAGCUUCCUUGGUUUGUGUUACUGUUGUGCUGUAUUAUGAAGUAUCGCAUCGGGGAGUUCAGUCUUUAAAGGACUGAAAUCAGAUACUUCUCUCGUUCUCCUCAGCGGAGUGGAAGAACUGCGCGUGAAAAUCUCCUUGAGCUUCGAUCCGUGGGAAUCACGAUGUUGAGACCAAAGGGUUUUACUAAAACAUUGCUGCUUGCGGUUAUUGCCGUUGGACUGGGAUCGUCAUUUCUCUAUGGUUUUAAUAUCGGCUCCGUCAAUGCACCGCGAAAUGUUAUGGGGCAAUGGAUUCGCGGCAUUCAGUGCCAGCGCCUGAAUGCAUCUUCCGGUUAUUCCCUAAUUGGUGAUGAUUCAUUUAAUUCCUCCAGAGAAAGUUAUGCGUGGUGCCGUGAAUUAACCAAGAAAGAACGACGAAAAAUUUUCAAAAGUUGUCCAGAAUUGACCGCCAUCUGGACAGCAGUCGCUACGAUAUUCUGUGUCGGUGGUUUCAUUGGGUCACUAUGCAGUCGUGCCAUGGUUGCGAAAUUCGGGAGGAAAGGAACAUUGCUUAUAAAUGCCGUACCUGGUCUUAUUGGCGCCUUGUUGUUGGCAUUCGCACGGAUGGCGAAUUCAUGGGAAAUGGUCAUCGUCGGUCGUUUCUUUGCGGGAUUGAAUGGAGGUGUGACGUCUGCAGUGGCACCCUUAUACAUCACGGAAAUUCCUCCUUUGAGGCUUCGUGGAAUAUUGGGUGGAAUUCAUCAGUUUUUUAUUGUAUUCGCCAUCCUGAUUGCUCAAAUUCUCGGCCUUCCUCAGGUGUUUGGUAAUGCGACAGGCUGGUCGUAUUUAUUUGGUCUUGGAGCAGCGUCGGCUGCUUUUUCAUUAAUCACGCUACCGUUUUGCCCUGAAAGUCCGAAGUAUUUGUGCCUGGACAAAGAUCAUAAUCAGAAGGCCGAACAUGCUUUGAAGCGUUUACGCGGAAGCACAAAAUAUGAAGAGGAGAUGAAAGAAAUGUUGGAAGAGAACGAACGCAUACGUGAACAUCCGCCCGUUGAUAUCUUGGGCAUAUUUCGAGAUCCUUUACUCCGAAGUAUUAUGAUUGUCGGCAUAAUCGUUACCAGUAGUGGACAGCUUUCCGGACAUGGCACUGUCAUUUAUUAUUCCACAGCAGUUUUUGAGUCAGUUGGCUUAUCUGGGUUGAACGCCAUUUAUGCAACCAUUGGAAUGGGUAUAUUGUACGCCAUAUCAACCUUUGCUACGGCCUCGGUUGUGGAACGAUAUGGACGAAGACCAUUGAUGCUUUUGGGAUUGGGUGGAAUGUGUGUUUUGACUGUGGCACUUACAGUGUUCACUGUGAUGUUUGAUAAUCAGAUAGAAACGGUACCGGAAACAAAAACAACGGUUAUAGGAGAUGAUAGCAUUUGGAUAUCCUAUGUUAUUAUAGUUUGCAUCUUUUUGCACACUAUUAUUUAUGCCGUUGGACCCGGAACGAUUCCGGCAUUUCUCGUCAGUGAAAUGUUUACGCAGCGCCCUAGAGCAGCGGCAUCUAGUAUAGCACUCGCUACAAACUGGUUGAGUGCCUUGAUUACAGUGCUUACCUUUCCGUUGCUGCAGGCGGCUAUUCAAGGUUACACAUUUAUUUUCUACGCUGUUCUAUUGGUCUUAUACUUUGUGUAUACGUACUUCAAACUUCCGGAAACCAAGGGUAAAACCACCCAGCAGAUUUUAGAAGAGUUAUCUGGGAGGAAAGUCGAAAUUGAUCCCGAUGAAGAAGCACCGUCCAAAUCUACUCGAAUCGAAGCCUGAAUUUUUAUUUUUAUGCAAUCUCUUCCAGUCUGUGUAGUGUGUACCUUGCACUACUGGGUGUUCAGACCAGUUUAGUGUUGGGAUGUUUAAAAGUUGUAUUGUAUUUUGCUUCGUUGUGGACUCAAAAGGUGUUAUGUCCUCCCAGCGUGUAUUUGAUGCAAAGAUACUCUUUUGUUAUUUGGGUGUGUCUGUAUUUUUAUUUACUUUUAUGUAAGUAAAUAAAUAAAUUGCGGCUGUGACUUAAACGCAGCCAC